AUGUCCGUACCCAAAUCUCCUUCAUCCGAAUACUCUCUCCUCUCAUCCCUUGAAGUCUUAUCCAUCUCGUCAGGAGAGCCUUCACGAAGAAGUUCCUCGUCAAUAUCUCCCACUCGAGCGAACUUCGACAGUGCUCGACGUACAUCUAUAGACGAACAGGAGUAUGAGCAUGUCUUUGGUAUCUCGGUCUCGCCUUCACCAUCCUCCGUUUCCAUUGAAGCUUCGUCAUCUACAGACAGUCUCAGUGUGAGCGAAUCAACAGCUCUCUCGAAGAAAUCAUCAUCAGCAAAAAGAAGAGAGAGGAAGAAGAAGUUGAUAGCUGGGGAGAGGGAAAGAGCAGCAUUGGGAAUACCGUCUACUAGAGUAUUUGGAUCAGUCUCAACGAGAGAAAACCUGCCAUCAUUGCAGUCACCGCUUGAAGUUCCUCCUCCUCGAACACCAAAGUCUAAAAUCGGUACAGGAUUUUAUACGGAUGGUCAUCAGCAGACGCCGAUAGCUGGAUUAUCCACACCUUGCCCACUGCCAAAUACCGAGUUCGAAAAAGAUCUUAGCGAAAACAACGACAACAACGAUGACGAUAAAGAGAAUGAUGAGAUAGGUCCAAUCCGCCGAAAGACCCGCAGAGGAGGAAAGAGAGUUAGACGUAGAUUAGAGAAUCGUGGAUUGGCCAAAGAAGCUUCUGAAGUGGAUGACGAAUUGGACGCAACGUUGGAGUUGGAUAGUAUAGCGGAUGACGAUACUGCUUCGCCUACUUCAUCAGCUAGGACGAGUGUAUCUGGAACACCCAUCAAAGUCACGGUCAGUCGAUUACCAGAACCAGAAGAGGAAGUAGAUGAAGUAGAUGGAUUAUCAGCUUUGGAGAGUGAAUUGGGUACACCGUCCAGUAAGAGGUUUAAGGGGAGGAGAGAUGUGAUGAGUGCGGAAGAUGCUGCUUCGUCCAUCGAUAGUUUCCUAUCCGAUCCUAGAAAUUUCAUGACUAUCAAAGCCAACAAAUUACGAUUAUGGCAAUCCUUAUGUAUCGAACUUGGUCUAGUGACUCUUCAAGGCGACGAAUUACCCGACCUUCCAACAGUAGUAUGCGUGCCAACUCCACCACGACCAAGGGAGACCACCCCCGAACCACCCCAGCCAUUCCGUCCCGUCAAACAUCCCUUACCCGAGAGUCUCACCCAAGCUCGUAAAUUACUUAAAGAUCAUGCGCAUGUCAACUUGGUAGAUUAUCUAGAAGCUAGAAAGUACUGUCCUCCAGCUUAUGUUGGUGCUUACCAGGGUUUGUUAUACCCUUCCACGAGCGCUAUGAAGAGGUAUACAAGACAUCAGGGGAAGUUUGCGGAGAAACUGGUGGUUAGGUCGGAAUGGCUUGAACCGCUCAUGAAGGAUUUCGGAGUCAGGAAGUUUAAAGGGGGUAUGUAG